UAUAGGUGGUUCAAGUUCAACAAUUGUUGAACUUGAACCACCUAUACAAAAAGAUACAACAGAUAAGAGCGUACCUCUUCUAUCGAUGUCUUCAUCGACAACAGCAACAACAACAAAAUCGGGUAGUUAUGGAUUUCGUCGUUUCAUGUUAGGUGGUAGUAGUACAGACAAAGCAACAACAUCAUCAUCGACACUUCUCUACCCACCUACCAGUGAUGAUGAUCAUCCCAUGAGUCCUAAUAGUUCAGGCAAUGAUGAUGAUGAUUAUCGACCAUUAACAUCAUCAUCAAAUAGACAUCAUCGUCAUACGCCUCUCUGA